CCCCACACACCAAAAACCCCCCACAGUUGUUCUAACACUAAAAUCUUGUUCGCUGCUCAUCUCUCUUUAAAUAUAUAUAAAAAUAUUAUACUUAAAAGCAAAAUCCACUUCCUAUAAUCUCCGUUUCUUCUUCUUUCUUUCAAAAGGAAUGGCUACUCACACUUCCCUUAUUGCUUGGGGGGCAGGUGAAGAUGGGCAAUUAGGAAUUGGGAUUAAUGAAGAGAAAGAAUGGGUUUGUGUUGUUAAUGCUCUUGAGCCUUAUAAAGUUCGCUCUGUUGUUGCUGGUAGUCGUAACUCUCUUGCUAUUUGUGAUGAUGGGAAGUUGUUUACUUGGGGUUGGAACCAAAGAGGGACACUUGGACACCCAGCUGAAACCAAGACUGAGAAUAUUCCUAGCCAGGUUAAGGCUCUUAACAAUGUCAACAUUGUUCAGGCUGCUAUUGGUGGGUGGCAUUGUUUGGCUGUUGAUGAUCAAGGCCGUGCAUACGCUUGGGGUGGGAAUGAGUAUGGGCAGUGUGGCGAAGAACCUGAACGGAAGGAUGACACUGGGAAGACUUUGAGACGGGAUAUAGUGAUUCCUCAGCGUUGUGCUCCAAAGCUUGUGGUUCGCCAGGUAGCUGCUGGAGGUACUCACUCUGUAGUGCUUACACGUGAAGGACAUGUGUGGACUUGGGGCCAACCAUGGCCUCCUGGAGACAUAAAGCAGAUUUCUGUUCCUGUGCGGGUCCAAGGCCUUGAAAAGGUGAAGCUCAUUGCGGUUGGGGCAUUUCAUAAUUUAGCUCUUCAAGAAGAUGGAACUUUGUGGGCAUGGGGUAACAAUGAAUAUGGACAACUUGGGACUGGGGAUACGCAACCUAGAUCACAACCUAUUCCUGUACAAGGGCUCUCUGGUCUCACUUUGGUUGAUAUUGCUGCUGGCGGAUGGCAUUCUACUGCAUUAACUGAUGACGGAGAGGUAUAUGGAUGGGGUAGAGGAGAACAUGGCAGGCUUGGAUUUGGAGAUAAUGACAAGAGCAGUAAAAUGGUGCCUCAAAAGGUUAAUCUUUUAGCUGGGGAAGACAUUGUUCAGUUAUCUUGUGGCGGGACGCAUUCAGUGGCAUUGACACAAGAUGGACGAAUGUUUUCAUUUGGGCGGGGUGACCAUGGACGUCUUGGAUAUGGAAAGAAAGUGACAACCGGUCAACCAGUGGAAGUGCCAACUGACAUCCCUCCUCCUAAGAGUCUUAGUGGCACUGAAGAAGCCGAGGGACAUUGGAUUGCUAAACUGGUCGCUUGCGGCGGACGGCAUACUCUAGCAAUAGUAGAGUGGAAGGUUGACGAAUCAAAAUAAUUAUGCAAUAGACUUAAUGCUCUGUUGUAUAAUGUAAAACUAGACAAUACAAGAUAAAAAAAUAAAUCAUAGAAACAUUAUUAUACAGCUAACUAUUUGGCAGCUUUAUGGCCUGGGCAACUCAGAUGGUAUUGACUCUGCAUCAACUUAGAUGGUAACUUAUUGCUGAAAACUAUCGCCUUCCUGUUCUA